UGGCCCGCCAUGGCUUCGCCCUCGCAGCUCCUGGAUGACCUGGCUGCAUCGUGCCUCUCCCCGCGGGGCCCUCCCAACCUGCCCGAGCUGUACAGCGAGGCGCAGCGGCUGGCCGUGGAGGAGCUGGUGAGCGGAGGCCGAGACGCCUUCAUCGCUUUCCUGCGGCGGGAGAACGUGACCUGCUUCCUCUCGGAGGCGGAGAUCCAGAGCAUCCUCCAGGCUGCCGAGCGACCCCGAGCCCGGGGGGAGGAUAGCGCGGCCGAAGAGUCCUUCGCCUCGUCCCAGGACUGCUCCUCGCUCACCUACUUCCCCGAGCAGUCGGACAUCGAGCCGCCGGUGCUGGAGCUGGGCUGGCCCGCUUUCUACCGCGGCGCGUACCGCGGCCCCACCCGGGUGGAGGCGCAUUUCCAGCCCUGCUUCCAGGACUCGCCGUACGGCUGCAAGGACGCGGUGCGCAAGCAGAUCCGCUCGGCUAAGGAGGUUAUUGCUGUGGUCAUGGAGUCAUUCACAGAUAUUGACAUCUUCAGAGACCUACAGGGAGUAUGUAGGAAGCAAGGGGUGGCUGUAUAUAUUCUUUUGGACCAGGCUGUGAUCCGUCAUUUCCUGGACAUGUGUGUGAAUCUAAGAGUUCAUCCUGAACAGGAAAAGCUUAUGACAGUGCGAACUAUUACUGGAAAUACGUACUAUGCAAGGUCAGGCACUAAGAUUAUUGGGAAAAUCCAUGAAAAGUUCAUGUUGAUUGAUGGCAUUAGAGUGGCAACUGGUUCUUAUGGCUUUACCUGGACUGAUGGCAAAUUAAAUAGCAGCAACUUGGUAAUUCUGUCAGGCCAAGUGGUGGAACAUUUUGACUUAGAGUUCCGGAUCCUCUAUGCCCAGUCAAAGCCCAUCAGUUCUAAGCUCCUGUCCGUCUGUAGGAACAGUGACAAGUUUGACCACCUGAUCGACAGAAAACCCCUGUCUCGGGAGCUCACUUUGGGAAACCUCCUGAGGAUGAGGCUAGCCAGACUCUCAAGUACUCCCAACAAAGUUGAUGUGGGUUCAGAGGUACCUGUGGAAGAGAAGAUGGAAACUAACUGCUAUGAUCCAGAGACUUCUACCAUUAGUGAGGAUGACUGCCUAAGUCAGGAGGUUGAGUUAGAGUUCACAAAGGCAAAUGAUGUCUCCAUUCAAACAGAGCCAUGGGAGAAGAUGCUGGUGAUAAGCACAUGUGAUUCAGGAACCCAAACCCAUAUUCCUACAGUGUGUAGCGGAACCCAAACCGUGGUUCCUACCAGAGAGACUGGCUCACAAACAACGGUUUUGUCUAAGUCUGUAACCACACAGACUGUAAAUGAACCUGUGGAACCGUCCUUUUCUCAGGGCACCCGCUCAAAAGAUGUAUCGCCAGCUUCUAAAAUGUCCACUGCACCAUCGACAUCUUCCAGUGUGAGGUCCUUUUCUUCUUUGUCUUCCCAAGGCUCUGUGGCGAGCUCCAUUGGCUCCCAUUCUUCCACUAGAGCUACAGAGUUUCUGAAUCCUGGGUAUCCUAAGUACUCGGGCAACCCCCAGCUAGAUAUGUGCUUGAGAGACUCUUUCAGAAACCUGAAUAAAGAGAGAGAGUUUCACUUCACCGGCAUCAGGUCCAGGCUUAAUCACAUGCUGACCUUGCUGUCCAGGAGAACAUUUUUGGCUGAAAGCUACCUGGGCUGUAAUCCUGGGAGUUAUACCAGAACAACACUUAGUGGAGUUGGCAACAAUUUACUUGCUAUUCGGGAUAUUGCACUGUACCCUUCAUACCAGUGACUGAUGCCUCUUGUUAGCUGACUUUGGGCGUAAUACCAUAAUGAGCUCUUGCCAGCUGUGCAGCAAGUCUUGCCACUGGGGCCUCUUUCCUGCAGACUGCUAAAGUCUCA